AACGCACCAGCACCUGAGAGCAGAGGCGAGACGGCAGCUGAUAUACGUGGUAGCAGCUGAUAUACGUGCUAGUACCUGAGAUACGUGCUAGCGCCUGACAAAUGUGUUAGACGAGAAACGAGCAGGAGUAACAUGAACGUCUUAGCGAUAAUCUGCGGAGGACUGCUGCUGAGUUCUAUGAUCACAGCAGAAGACUACGGCCGGGGGCAGAGCGCCCGCAGCGGCCACCACGGCAGAGAGCACCACUACGACGACGACAGCGGCAAGUACGACCACAAGGGCACGCACCACAACACGGACCGCGGGGAGCACCGCGGCAGCAUGGGCGAGCGCGAACGCUUCGGCAGUUACAACAUGGACGAAGGUCACGGUCUGUUCAACUUCAACAAGGGUCACGGCCGCUACUACUUCAAGAAUCUGCACGACGACAAGGGAGGACGCGAGCACGACACGGACAAAGGCAGUAAGUACGACCACAGCGCGAAAGGGCAGGACAACGACCAGGGCGAGUAUCGCGAUAAGGACGACUAUACGCAGCAUCACGCCGAAGACGUCGCUGAAGACGACGGCGACCAGUACGGAACUCCCGCCUACAGCGCCACUUCACGGUCGGCUCACGGCGGAUACGGAGACGAUUCCGUCGGGUACGGGGAUCCUGCGUAUAGCGGCGUCGGCCGAGGGUCGAGGGACCCGCACGAGGGUAGGUUUGCAGGGCCCAGAAGAAACUCGUACGGGUACAGACAAAACAAUCGCGAUAGCCAUGGUGGUUAUGAUGACUCUAAACCUAGCAGCCAUAGUGGUUAUGAAGACCCUAAACCUAGCAGCCAUGGUGGUUAUGAAGACCCUAAACCUAGCAGCCAUGGUGGUUAUGAAGACCCUAAACCUAGCAGCCAUAGUGGUUAUGAAGACCCCAAACCUAGCAGCCAUGAUGGUUAUGAAGACCCUAAACCCAGCAGCUAUGGUGGUUAUGAAGACCCUAAACCCAGCAGCUAUGGUGGUUAUGAAGACCCUAAACCUAGCAGCCAUAAUGGUUAUGAAGACCCUAAACCCAGCAGCCAUCGUGGUUAUGAAGACCCUAAACCCAGCAGCUAUAGUGGCUAUGAAGACCCAAAACCCAGCAGCCAUCGUGGUUAUGAAGACUCUAAACCCAGCAGCCAUGGUGGUUAUGAAGACCCUAAACCCAGCAGCUAUGGUGGUUAUGAAGACCCUAAACCCAGCAGCCAUCGUGGCUAUGAAGACCCUAAACCCAACAGCUAUGGUGGCUAUGAAGACCCUAAACAUAUUAGCUACGGAAGUUUUGAUGAUCCUAAACCUACUAGCUAUGGUGGCUAUGAAGACCCUAAACCCAGCAGCCAUGGUGGCUAUGAAGACCCUAAGCCUAGCAGCUAUGGUGGCUAUGAAGACCCUAAACCCAACAGCUAUGGUGGCUAUGAAGACCCUAAACAUAUUAGCUACGGAAGUUUUGAUGAUCCUAAACCUACUAGCUAUGGUGGCUAUGAAGACCCUAAACCCAACAGCUAUGGUGGCUAUGAAGACCCUAAACCCAGCAGCUAUGGUGGCUAUGAAGACCCUAAACCCAGCAGCUAUGGUGGCUAUGAAGACCCUAAACCCAGCAGCUAUGGUGGCUAUGAAGACCCUAAACAUACUAGCUACGGAAGUUUUGAUGAUCCUAAACUUACUAGCUAUGGUGGCUAUGAAGACCCUAAAUCUAGCAGUUAUGGUGGUUACCAUGAUCCUACACCCACAACCCAUGGCAGUUAUGGUGGUGCUAAACUCAUCAGCUAUGAUCCCUAUGAACAAAAACCCAGUAGCUAUGAUCCUUAUGAACAAAAACCUAGUAGAUAUGAUCCCCAUGAACAAAAACCCAGUAGCUAUAAUACUUAUGAUGAACAUACGCCUAGUAGCUAUGACCCGUAUGAAGAUUUGAAGCCUAGCAUUCAGCUGCCAAGUCUACCUUCCCACGAUCGCAGUCACACCCGCUCACGCACACUCACGCACGCGCCUCGCACCACCUACCCGGACUACGGCGGCGACAGCGCCACCUAUCGCAGAAAUCAGGAACGAGACAGAGCCAGCCGUCGUCAUCCGACGGCAUACGUCGCCUUUCCGAGAGAAGCGCGCCUCAGCGACCAAUCACGAGCCGCCGCCAGAAACCGCAGCGCGUCGAGGUCUCCCAGUCACACGAUGCUGCCACCUGUCGGCGGGAAUCGUAACGAACGGAGCCGUGAGCGCGGCGGUCGGCCCGUGGAGACGGGGAGAAUCAAGGCGAGCAGCGAGGCCAGGCUGGACCUCGCCUAUAAGAUCUCGGAGCCGGUCGGCAGACGACAGAGAACCGGCGGACGUAUCGACUCGUCGGCUCGCGUCCGGCUGGGAGACGGUACCGUCGCCGGCCGUGCCAUAUCCGUGCCCGUGCCUCCAAGGUCGUCGGCGGCUGCGGCGUCAAGGUCAUCAUCAUCGUCGGCGGGGUCAAGGUCGCCGGGGUUACUGGCGAGACGUGCUUACAACCCGUACGGCGGGCAGUGAGGCGAUGUUGCCGUGUAGUGAAUGUAGCUGACAGAUCUCUCUCUCUCUCUUUCUUUCUUUCUUUUCUUCUCUCUCUUUCUCUUUCUUUCCUCCUUUCUUUCUCUCCUUU